CCCCCCAAUCAAAAAACUGCUCCGCCGUCCCUGUUCUUGAAUUCGGAAUAGUCAUUCAACCUAGGACACAGUCAUCGCGUCUGAUCAUUCGUGAYGACCCAAAACAGUUUUUUACUUCAUCGAGCAUCGAAAAAAUCGAACAAGGAGUUUUAUCUGUAGACACCAAUGCAAGUCAGGAAUAGCCCAAUGGUUUUCUUCUGAUCUCCUUUUCAUCGUAAAUAAGCUGAAACAUCGCGAAGACGAGUACACAAAAAUUAACUUCCGCCUGAUUCCACUCAUGAGUUCAACAACAGUACUCCUCAUUCUAGUCGCAGGUUUAUCAGGAGUCUAUGCGGACUUGUUAGAUAAUCUUAAUUGUAACAGGACACACUUUACUCAUGGCGUUUCACUUUGCCAGAGGAUUGCACUAGAACGUCUAGCACGAAGCAAGGAUAUCACAUGCGACUCUGUGUACAAAAAGCAAGUCACUUGUAUAGAUAACCACGUGCAGAAGUGUCUGGAGGGUACAAGCUAUGCCAUGUAUGAGAAAAUAAUUGUUGACCUGCUCAAUAUUAUCACUUUUAACUGUGGAAACGUAAGUCCAAAUUUAAACUUCUUUGUUUUCCAAAUGUUGGGUUGUAAAGACGGAACUCUAGAAAAUUUWAAAAAAGCAGUCAAGUGUUGGAAUGAUUUUGUCAGCAAACACAAGGCCAACAGAAAAUAUUCUACCUUAUGUAGAUCCCUCGCUGAUGCCAAGAAGUGUGUAGCCAAUAUAACAAACCAUUACUGUCCUGCGGUGAAACUGGAAGCAGAUCCCUGCAACCCCUUCUGUGCAAAUGGUACCGACGACCACCAUGAAUGUCCAGGUAAAGUAUGGACACACCAGCAACUACCAGUUCUUUCGAUAUCCUUGACUUGUAAAAAGGAUUUUUACUACAUGAAAGAGAAAGAAUGCGAGAGAAUAUUCAUCGAUAGUUUAACCAACCAGACAAAUACGUCCGCCUCGUGCAGUACUGAAGUUCCAAAGCUGAAGUCUUGCAUAAAAAAACAUUACAGUGAAAAUUGCUUUGAUCCUUUGGUUGACGACGUUCUUCUCGAAAAUCUUAUCGAAGGAGUCUCGAGUGUCACAAAAGGACAAAGAAUGUUCUGUAAUGCCGUCACUAUCACGGAUCGUUCUGCUGCAUUGCGUGACAUCGUCCCUUGUGGAAGUAGCUUCUAUGCAGAAGUAGAAGACUGUGCCAAGGAGUUCAGAGAAAAAUUCCUUGCCAACAGCAAGAACCUUUCUCUUUGCAGUGUCUAUGAAAAAGCUAAGUCAUGUUAUUCCACACUGCAAGCUAAGCACUGUCAAUUCAGUCCCAGCAUUCUACAGAUCCUAACCAACGAUACUUACAAUCCCUUCUGUGUGGCACUACAACCAAAGGUAUCUUGUGGACUGGCUAUGUACUUCAACUGGUCUUCUUUGGUGUCUAGUCUGUUAGCGGUGAUAGUUAUUCUGUUAAAGCCAUAAUGGUUUUUGAAGUCUGAAAAACAAAAGCAUAAAAAAACAUUAGGGUGUGAACAAUAAAAUAUUAUAAGAAAGUAAUGUGAUUUUGMUCGGCACAUGGAAUAAAUAGUAAGCAAUUAUACCUACUAGUAGAGUACGAACACUAGAGGCCUUCAAAUACUUGAUAUUUAGCACUAAAUAGCUAUAUACAAUAGAGUGCAUACCAUAUACCUUUGAAAAAGUUAACUAACAAAAUUGUAGAGAAUUAGUGCAAUUUUUUGGUCUACGGUCUACCGAGGUCUACUGAACUUACUAAUUUGUGCAAAUUUGUGUGAUGUCUGUCUUACAAAGUUUUUCAUGGAUACUGAUGGUAUGCACUAAAAUGAGAUUAGCACUAUUUAGUACUAUUUGRUUUAGGUUGCAAGCUUUUAGUGUUUGUACUCUAGAAGAAACCAAUGCCACUGUUUUCUUUGCUUUUUCUUUGUCUGUUAGUCAAUAAUUAUACAACUUCUUUUCAUAUAACAAGUAAAACCUUUUGACUAACACAAACGUUAAGAAUGGGCUCCCUGUGUUAAACGUAGCAACUAUAACUGUAAAUAGGGAGGGAGGGGAGGGAGAGGGUUAUUUUGUUCACUUGUAAUCAAGAUUCUAUACAAGCAGACCUCAUACCUUGGUGUAUUGUUUUUCAAUUUCAGUGACUUUCUCUCGAGAAUAACAUUCUUUGUUUGAUUUGUAUCCAUCAGUUCAUGUGUCUUAUUAAGUGCAACUGUUAAACAAAGAAAUAAUACUCUAGGGAAUGGCACGUGGUCUGAAAAUGGACAAAGCUUUAUGCCCAAGCUAAAGAGAUCUAUUUCAUUAUAGUAAUCUCAAUAGUCAAAGCGUUCUUUGAUCUAUCAUUCAUCCAUUUAUUAAAGUUUUAGUCGACAACAAC